UUGCUUGUACCUCUCGCCAAACAACAAACAACAAUUCGGCAAGCAAAUCUGAGGCGGUAAACAACUGUCUCCAGUAUAUUUGAGCGCGCUUUUGGACGUGUUCUUGUUUACCGGGCUUCACCACCGGUACUUGGGAAGAUUUUCUGCCACACAACCUGCAACUGACACAGCCAUGGCCUCUACCGGUUCGAGCAACGCUGGUGCUUCACCACAGAACGCGUCAAGCAACCGCGAUCCUCUCAUCGUCGGCCUGUAUGGUGUUUCCGGCGCCGGAAAGAGCCAUCUCCUCGAGAUACUAUCGAACUCACGUCUCGCCCAGCGUCUGGACUUCGUCGACGGAUCGUCGCUGAUCUACCAUCGGUAUGGCCUAACCGGGUUCAAAGAGUUGACACCUGCUGAACAAUACACUCAACGCGUCGAAUUGAUGACUGACCUUGUCAAAGAGCGCCGCAGUAAGGAAAAAGGCAUUGUCGUCGGUGGACACCUGUUGUUGUGGGAAAGCGAGGCCGAAGAGCCGCGCAACAUUGGCACUGACGCAGACUGGAAGGCGUACACUCACAUCGUCUACUUCCAGGUCGAUCCACAGGUUUUGCAGUUCAGGCGAAACAACGACAACAGCCGAGAACGCAACCCUGUGUCGGUCAAACACUUGACUGAGUGGCAAGCCCGAGAGCGCGCAGCGUUGCGCAAGGUUUGCUACGAGAAACGCAUUUCCUUCACCACCAUCACGGAGCACGCCGGGAUGUCCAAGAAGAAGAUACCCGGCCGAGUCCAUGCGCUGCUGACGAACAUCCUGAACAGUAGUGAGGAGGGCAAUCUUGCGGCUGUUGAUGCUGAACUGGAGUCCGAUAUAUCCCUGCACGGCCAUGACCUGGAGACGAUGCUGGUUCUCGACGCCGACAAGACACUUGCUGCACAAGACGCCGGUGCGCUGUUCUGGAAGUUCAUGAAAGGACGUAAGGGUAUGUCUGAAGACGCCGUGGAACGCAUCUUGAAACAGCAGGGCUACUCCUACGAGUCGUUUCGCCAAGUUGCGCUGCUCUACGAAGAAGUGUCCGAUGACUUCGGGUAUAUGUGUAACCAAGUCGCCACGAGCAUCGCACUGCAUCCCGAAAUGGCUGCCCUACUGGCUCGAGUUGCUUUAGAGCCGCACACCGGCGCUGUCAUUGUGACGUGUGGCCUGCGUCAAGUGUGGGAGACGGUGUUCCGGAUUAGCGGCCUGACUCACGUCAAAGUCAUUGGUGGGGGACCACUUGCGAACGGAUACGUCGUCACGGACACUAUCAAGGGACACAUCGUUGAUACACUGAAAGCUAAGAACUUGCGGGUUGUUGCGUUUGGUGAUGGCGUUGUGGAUGUGGAGAUGUUGAAGAAAGCGGAUGAGUCGUACGUGGUCGUGGGCGAGAUGGAAGCCAGGAGUGCGUCGAUGGACCGCGAGUUGACCAAGCUUCUCGACGCUGGUCACUCAUUGCAGCAGAUCUUGCUGCCAGCAACCGUUGCGCCACGCCUCACGGAGACCCAACUACCGACAGCAAAGCUGGACGAGGCCACUUUGAACAACAUCUUCAAGCGCCGUUUUGUCCACGCAACCAACAAGACUUCGGCCAAGAUACUCAUGACUGCCAUGCGAGACACAGAUGUCAGCGGCCACGACCUUCGUCGGGCGUACCAGGAGGUUGGUUAUUACCUCGCCAACGAGUACCUCGGCGACAUCUUGGGCAUCGAGUCCUACACGAUGAAGCAUGUGACGGGCACAUCAACUGACGGCUAUCGCUUUCAGAACGAGGACAAGACACUCAUCGUCUGUCUCAUGCGUGGCGGCGAGCCAAUGGCGCUUGGCGUCAGCAAGGCUCUGAGGUCAGCAAGCUUCGUGCACUCGAAGAAGUUCACGGACAUCGAUGAGCACCACUUCAAGCUCAACGAGACGAUCAUACUUGUGGACUCGGUGGUGAACAGCGGCAAGUCGAUCAUGGAGUUCCUGACCCCGCUCAGGAAGCUGUGCCCAAAGGUCAAGGUAGUUGUCGUCGCCGGUGUGGUGCAGGCAAAGGUCGUCGAAGACAUGGAGGAUGGCAAGUUCGGGCAGGCAAUGCGCAAAGAUCCUGACAUCGCCCUCGUUGCUUUGCGUAAGUCAGACAACGAAUACAAGGGCACUGGCACGACCGAUACUGGACAUAGGCUGUUCAAUACCACGUACCUGCCAUAAGUACAGGCAAAAGCCGUUGAAGAUAUGGGGAUAGCACGUUCGGGCAGGUACUGCGCGAAGACUCUGGAACCUGAUGUUGCCUUCGUCGCCUUACGCAAGCUAGAACGAACACACGGGCAAUGGCACGACCGAUACUGGAAAUCUCCUGUUCAAUACUAUGCACCUGUCAUAGGUUAGUGAAACUGGAGACUGGCGUUAAGUUCAAAGCGUAUGUCGAGGUGAAGGGCAUAGAUAGUGAAUUAGGUUUGCGGAUUUGAUACUUGCUCCAUUCAAUUGCCAGGUAGUGACACAGGAUCUCCGAUCUCGAUG